CUGCCCCCCGCGCCGCGCCCCACCUCCAAGUCCGUCACCUUCUGCUCGCACUGCAACUACGAGAAACCCUACAAACUCUCCCACAGGGACCUCAGGUACUACUCCGACCCUGGACGAGACCUAACUAAACCCAAAAAACCUAAGGAACUCAAAAGAGACUCCACUGACAGCGACUUGAAAUACUACUCCGAACCCGACGCUAAAAACUACUUCGAAAUUGACUACGAGUUCUUAAAAGAGCUGCGGAAGAUAGCAAGACAUAACUGCCCUAAAUGCAGACGCAAACGAUCCAGAAACUAUAAAGAAACUAGAAAGGAAAAAACUAAAAAACCUAAGGCUACCUAUGUCUAUUGUAAUGGAAGAUACCAUAGUGACCAAGAACAUUGUCAACUAUGCUGCCGCGUAUGUAAUAAGUCUACAGACACGCUUGACUCUAUAGAUGAUGAUCAGUACUCCCUUGUGUCUAAAAGCUACUCAUUACCUUCUAGCAGAGCUACUACUAGUUCCAGAUCGCGUUCGACACCGAAAAAGAGUAGAGAGCGAAAGAAUUCUACGCAAUCUAUAAAAUCUGUCUCGUUCUUAGAUUCGAGCAAUGAGGAGUCUAGAAAAGAUGAACCGAACUAUACUGCUAAGAGUUUCACUAAUGACUUAAAACAGUUUCUACUCAAACCGACUCCACCACGCUUGAGUUUAAGAGACAAGUUUAUUAUAAGCUUCAAACAAGAAUUUGAAGCUACGAAGAAAUCCCCAAAACUCAAAGCUAUCAAAGGUCUUUGGAAGUCCUAUUAAAACCUUUAUUUUUGGUGCAUGUUAUUUGGUGCUCAUUUGGACGGACGUCCCGUUAUUUCAUUUGAAAACAACGUAAGUGUUCAGAAUGGUCUAAAAUCGUAGUAAACCAAGUAUUUGGUGCUAAGUACUCUUUUAUAAGCUCACAAGUUUCUCUACAAACUCCAAUGCCUAAAACUAUAGACAUUUUUUAAUGACGCAACAGUGUCUUUUCUCGUAAAACUAUUUGCUAUCACCCUUACUUACGACGUUUACUAAAGUUAAUAAGCCGUUAAAUAAUCGUUUGUCCCUUUCCGAUGUAUUAGUGUAAAGGCUCAGUGGACGCUCGGAUUGCAGCGGGGAGGGCUCGCCCUCGUGUACAGUCAACCAAUUGGAACCCUACCCUACGCCACUCUACAACUAUGUCAAAAUGACAAGUAGUAAGAGAUUUCUUACAAAGUGAUUUAUAACGUCACUAUGACAUAGUUCUACAGUGGCCUAGGGUUCCAAUUGGUUGACUGUACGUUAUGCAGCGUCGACUCAGGACACUUGUAUUUCACGCCCAAUAUGAUCAUGCACUCAGGCCUUACACACUUAUCAUUAGCAAAUACAUAUGUAACUCCGUAUAGACGGAUAAAGUCUAAGAAAAAAACGUACCUCAAAGCCCUAGAGAAAAAGAUGCGGUGG